AUGAACUCUGCUAACGACUUUGAUCUUGAAUCGCUGGUGCACCUAGAGCAAACAUUUUAUGAUGACGGCUACAAAGAUGGCUUCGACCACGGACGCAUACACGGACUUAUUGAAGGUCGCGCCCUUGGACGCGAAAAAGGGUUCGAGAUGUGGGAGGAACUCGGAUUCUAUGAGGGCUUUGCCGUGCUGUGGAAGAUGAUUUGUGCGAGACGCGUCGGCGAUUCCAACGAGCGAAUCAUGAAUCACAUCAACCAGCUUCUGCAACUAAUAUCUCAGUUCCCUCGCGUGAACCCUUCGUUGACGUCCUCGUCGGCGGAUGUUGAUAUACCGAAGCUUUUUCGACAGAUUCGUUCGAGGUACAAAAUUCUCUGCUCGACAUUGGGCGUCAAGCCAAGCCUGCGAUCUGCUGAUGGUGCCCCAUCAGAAGAAGAUUUUCAAGAGGACAGCAAUCCUUCUACACGGCAGCCUGUGUGGAAAGUAGAUGAACAAUCUCGGGUAGCGACAGGGCAGUCCUUGGAAUUUUAG